ACGGCAACGCAUAGCCAUAGCACCAGCUAGCACGUGACAUAACAAAGACCCUGGUUUCCUGAAAGGACGAGGGAGCCUGCCAUGAUCUGAUUGGCUUACGGUAGUCUGUGUCCUUACGCGCCAUUGCAGCUCUUUCGCUGGGAAGCCACAGAUCGCUGACUGGUAAGGAACCCAUCUGCCUCUUAGUCCCUGUCAAUGCGCUCAGCCAGGGCAGAGAAUUUUGCACAGAAUGGGAACAGAUGUCGAAUACCUCAAGAAAUGUAUGGGAAAGUGCUUGACUGCGGGACUUGCCGAGGUGGCAGACCGCCAGCCGGAGGAUCCAAUCAAUUUCCUGGCACACUGGCUUUACAGCUACAAAGAAAGAAGAAAUGACGAAGAAAAGAUGAAGAUAGAGAGAGCCCAGCUGGAAUGUGAAUAUGAGGAUGCCGUUGAAGAAUUGGAGAGGAGAGAAAAACUAAAAGCAGAAGAAAUCCUAGUUGCCCAAAAAUUUGAAGAAGAGCAGAUGAAGAAAAGUAAAGAAGAUGUCAACAUCCCUAAAGAAUAUGAAACCGGAGCAUCAAAAGAGAUAUUAAAUGAUAAACAGAAUAAAAAUGAACUAAAUAUGUCAAACAAUGUUUUGAAUGAGAUAUCUGGGGAAGUUGCAACUAACGUAACUCUUCAGGAAGCCAUGCCUGAGAUAACUGUUGAUGAGGAUUUUGAUGACGUUAACAAGGACAUGGAAGACACAGAGAAAAAUCAAUUGGAAUAUUCCAAAAUCACGGAAAAUGAAGAUGAUAUACCUUCAGAAAAUGACAGUUCAGAUGAGGAAUGCAGGUCUAGUUCAGACCUAAACUGAGAUUGACUGUUUCUCAAAUUUUCUUGGAGGUAAAUCCCAAUUAGUUAAAGAGGGCUUUGAAUCAAAACAUUGUGUGCAAGAAUGUAAUCUUAAAGAAGAUACUUCAGUUAGAGUAGGGUUUUGUUUCAUUGGUGUGAUCUGCAGUGUUUUGAACAUGAUUCACAGUAGUAUUUUAUGGUAGUAUUUUACCUCUGGGAGGAUGGCGUUACCUUCAUCAACCAUCAUGAACUAGGGUAGAAAAGUAAUACAGAGAUGUAAAAGCUGCUAUAGAUUUUCCCCAUCCAACAAUCCAAUCAAAAAGUGUUUAUUUUCUAAUGGCCACAGGCUACCAUAUUGGAUUGCAUGAUUUUUUAAAAAUGGUUUUAAGGUUUUAUAUGUUUUAAUUGGUUCUUUUCAUGCUUAUGUUUUUAUUAUGUGUGGUUUUGCCAUUAAAUUGUUGCUUUUUUGUUGUGUGAGGAGCGACUGGAGAAACUACAAGUCGCUUCUGGUUUGAGAGAAUUGGCCGUCUGCAAGGACGUUGCCCAGGGGAUGCCUGGAUGUUUUGAUGUUUUAUCAUCCUUGUGGGAGGCUUCUCUCAUGUCUCUGCAUGAGGAGCUGGAGUUGAUAGAGGGAGCUAAUAUGCGCUCUCCCUGGAUUCGAACCUGCGACCUAUGAUACAGUCCUGCCGGCAUAGAGGUUUAACCCACUGCUCCACCAGGGGCUCUGAUAUCGUUGCUUAUACACACACAC